GAGCCAGCGGUCUGUCCACGAGCUGAUUCCAUUCCUAACGGCCAGAAAUGUACGCUUGCCAGUUUGCCGCACAAUGCUGAAUCUCUUGUUCAUCCUCGCAGGCCUGAGCCUUGCAACUUCCUUGGCCCAAAGUUCUGAAAUGACAUUUCUACACCUAACAGUGCCAGAGAAGAUUGGAGCAAACACCAACGGUGCUCAUGUUUCAGAAAGACAUGUCACUUACUCAAUCAAAAUUGGAAAAGAGAAAUUCACGCUUCUUCUUGAAAGACAAUCAUUUCUACAUCCAAAUUUUCUGAUUUAUUCAUACAACAAAUCAAGAACAGUAUACAUAGAUACUGCAUUGUUAAAGACGCAUUGCUUUUACCAGGGACAUGCUGCUGAGAUUCCAAAAUCAGCUGUGAUUGUCAACACCUGCUUUGGCCUCAGAGGAUUAUUGCAGUUGGAUAAUGUCACCUAUGGAAUAGAACCAUUGGAAUCUUUGAUAACAAAUGAGCACAUGAUUCAUCAAAUAAGGAUGAAUGAAGCUGGUUAUUCCUCCCUACAAGAAAUUUACUCCUUAGGCAAGAAUGCACUGCAUUUUUACAGCAUUAUAGUCAAGUCACAUAAAGAUUUAGAUGUUGCAUUUCCAAAAAGGACUUUGAGAACGCACAUUGUUAUGGAUAAAUCCAUGUGUGACUUUAUGGGCUCUGAAGUGGUACUUUCAGCUGAAAAAAUUAUCUACAUGUUUGGUCUUAUUAAUGCUAUGUUUUCCAAGGUCAACAUCACCAUUAUGCUGUCCUCUCUGGAGCUCUGGUCAGAUGGAAAUAAGAUUUCAACAAAUGGGGAUGCUGAGGAAAUACUACAGAGAUUUCUGUCAUGGAAACAAAAACCCCAUGAGAUGUCUUACUUAUUAAUUUAUAGGGAACAUGCUGCUUUUGUGGGAACAACAUAUCAUGGAAUGGCAUGUGAUCCAAAGUUUGCCACAGGAGUUGCUCUGUAUCCAAAGAUGUUAACUUUAGAGGCAUUUUCAGUUGUUAUGGCACAAUUGAUUGGGAUUAAUCUGGGAUUAUCAUAUGAUAAAAUCCAUACUUGUGGCUGUUCAGGAACUACAUGUGUGAUGAACCCCACAGCAAUAUGGUCCAGUGGUGUAAAGUUAUUUAGCAGUUGCAACAUAGAAGAUUUCAAACAUUCCGUGUCACAGCCUGAAUUUGCAUGUCUUCAGAAAGAGAAUGUUCCGAAAGUUGCUUACCAAGGAAAACUUUCAACUUGUGGCAAUGGAAUUUUGGAAGGAAAUGAGCAAUGUGAUUGUGGUAUUCCAUCGCAUUGUACUCACCCAAGAUGCUGUAAUGCUGCAGAAUGUACUCUGAUUAGAUUUGCUGAGUGUGGCACUAGCCAAUGCUGUGAUAAAGCAACCUGCAGGAUUGCCAAAAGGGGAACACCAUGUAGGGAAAGUCAAGACUUAUGCGAUUUUCCAGAAUAUUGCAAUGGAACGUCUGAAUUUUGUGUACCUGAUAUGAAAGCUGCCGACUAUCAACAAUGUGAUAAUAAAACUGCAUUUUGUUUGGAAGGAAAAUGCAGAAGUCUAGAAAGACAGUGCUCACAACUAUUUGGAAUAU